UGAAAUGGUCGCCAAACUGGUCUGAAAACACGGAAGUCGCGAGGUCCGACUCGACAAACAGCGCUUCAAAAAAAAAAAAAAGGCAAACUAAAAUGAGAACUACACUCGUAAAUACCCGUUUUUGAAAGGGAGGAGACGAGCGACACCAUGAAAUAUCGGAUCCUAGGUGUGGCUGUUGUUUCCUAAAGUGGUGAAUCCUUCUCAAAAGUUAAAAACAUGGACGUUAGCAGGGCAAGCGAAGAUUCCUACACGAAUAAUCUCAUCGGGACGUUGCUUGCUAUAUUUGGAAACGUGCUUGUCAGCAUCUCCGUGAAUAUCCAGAAAUACGGCCAUGUGAGCAUCGUGGGAGCCAAGGACCCACGCGUCUUCUACCACACCAAAACCUGGUGGUUUGGCUUUAUUCUCACCACUCUGGGCGAAGCAGCCAACUUCGUGUCGUACGCUUUUGCUCCCCUCAGCCUCGUGGCGCCCCUCAAUGCCGUCUCCAUCUUGACAAGCUUCAUUUUGGGUUUUAUUUUCAUGCAUGAGAAAUCAAAGGCAAAGGACUUUGCAAAGCACCACGGGCUGUCCUUCUUGGGCUCGGUCCUGGCUGUGGGCGGGGCGUACCUCUUUGUGACGUUUGGGCCAAACUCGCACGAAAAACUGACGGCAGAAGUUGUCGUGAAACAUCUCGUCGGAUGGCCCGUUCUCUUAUAUCUGGGCCUGGAGAUCAUCAUGUUCUGCCUGCUUUUGUAUUUCUACAAAGAGAGAAACGCAAACUACCUCGUCAUCAUCCUGCUGCUGGUUGCCUUACUCGGUUCAGUCACGGUCAUCUCCGUGAAGGCCGUGUCCCACAUGUUGAUAUUGACUCUUGAGGGCUCCAUGCAGCUUUACUACCCCAUCUUCACCGUCAUGUUUGUGUGCAUGGUGGCUACGGUCAUCUUCCAAGCUAGGUUUCUCUCCCAAGCUUCCAAGCUGUACGACUCUUUUCUGAUCGCCAGUGUUAACUACGUCCUGUCCACCAUAUUUGCAGUCUUAGCAGGGGCUGUGUUUUACUUGGAAUUUAGUCAUGAAGACAUCCUUCACAUUAGCAUGUUCUUAUUGGGGACUGCGGCAUGCUUCCUGGGUGUCUUCCUCAUCACCAGAACCAGGAAAAAGAAUAAGAACUUUGAGCCUUACGUCACUAUGAAUAUGAGUAACGGUGUACCGACCAUUCACAGCAAGGGUCCGGAGGUCCCGAAUGACUUCACCGGUAGUUUCUCAUACGGCGCUCUGGUCAACAGGGACGGAACCACUUCUUCGCACCAGCCCGUCAACGCGGAACAACCCACCACCGCCUUCAGGCCCACGCGGGCAUCCGCUGGGCUUCCUGAGAGGAAGCAAGAUUAGCGGAAAAAUUGUACAUCUAUAAGGUUUAUUUUUAUUAUGAUUUUUAAGAGGAAUCUCCAAAGUCAUACGCAAUCCAUUCAGCAAUUGAAGAAAUGUUCCCAGUUGAGGGGAAAAUGACAAACUACCGUAAUUCCCGGCCUACAGAGCGCACCGGGUUAUAAGCCUCACCCGGUGCAUUUGUAAAGGAAAUACUAUUUUGUACAUACUCAAGUCGCAGCCGUGUAAAAGCUGCAAGUGCCCACAUUGAAACCGACAUGGAAACACAAGAUAUUUACGAAGACGGUACACAGAGAGUUUGACGCUAGCGCUGCCGGGUUAAUGCUAACGCUAGUGCCACCGUGCUAGUGCUGCCGCGCUAAUGCUAAAGCCACCCUGUUAAUGCUAACGCUAGCGCCUCUGUGCUAGUGCCGCCGCGCUAAUGCUAACGCCCCCGUGCUAAUUUCUCUGCAUGCGCUAAUGCUAACACUAGCGCUGUCAGGGUAACAGGGCCGGUUAAAAAAUGUACUGGUAAACUGAGACACGGCAGUAACACGCUAAAGCAGCGCUAACAGGGCGAACCGGUAAAAGUCACUUCCUCGGUGCAUAUAUUCCACCGAUCUCACUCUUACCUUUUCCACUCAAGCGCCCCCUUGCGGCCAUUAGGAAAAAUGCACAAAUUGGCCGCAUCACUGCAUAAACCGCAGGGUUGAAAGCGUAUGGAAAAAAGUUGCGGUUUAUAAGUCGGAAAUUACGGUAAUUCAUUCAGUCAAGGCUAAAAUGAUAAUCAUCUCAAAGUCUUUACUGAGCCGACAGAUUUUCAUCUGUAGAAUUCUUAAAUACAUUCUUAAUUAAAUAAAAAUAUCUUUUCGAGUGGUGAAAAAUGAAUCUUUCGUGUGCUCUCAGAAGCUUUGGGACUGGCCACCUUUAUUUUUUUCAUAACAUUUUGGCUGAACUGCAAUUAGUUUUGUUUUUUUUUUUUGUUUCUGCCUAAUUAGCUGUAAGGAUUUCCCCGAGAGGGAGUUUGACACUUAACGUGCAAUCACGCUCAGGACCAGCAAAACAACUUUUAAAGUGCUUUAUAAACGCUACGCACGAAAAUGUGAUUUGUGCCUUGAAGUUUUCGCCUGCGUAGCGUUUGGAAUAUAAAAGCGGACUUCGUACUGUUGAAAGGGUUUGUCUAUGUCCUUAAUCAUUUUUUUGCCAUUGAUGUCUUUGAAUUCACGACUUCCUGUAAAUAAGUACCAGUAUCUGCCUUUAAGAUAUCUCCUUCAGCGCAGUGUUCACGUCUGCCUUUCUGUUUUGGGGGUUUUAAUUACUUUUUUUUUCUUUUGUGAAUGGGAUGAAUGCAAAUAAUUUAAUUUAUUGUAUUUAUUGAUUGAUUUAUUGUGCUUUAAAAAGAGAUUAGAUCUACACUAAAUAAAAACAGGCAAUCCCCUCUGUUGACGAAAUAGAUUUCGGUGCGUCAGCGUUUGGAGUGGGGGGUUUUUUGUAUAUGAUUGACCAAAAAAAGUUAUACUUUGACAGUAUUGGUGCUUUUGAGGUGAGUAAUAUUUAAGGUAAAUUCUCUUUUUGCCUCAAGAUCAGAAAAGUUCAACAUGACCGUUUUUUAAUUUCAAUCAAUCUGCAGAAUUAAAUACAAUAUCCUCAUG